AUGGACGGGAUCGUCACAGAUGUCACGGUUGGCGUGAAGAGAGGAUCUGACGAACUACUCUCAGGUAGUGUUCUCAGUAGUCCAAACUCUAACAUGAGCAGCAUGGUGGUUACAGCCAAUGGUAAUGACAGUAAAAAGUUUAAAGGAGAAGAUAAAAUGGAUGGAGCUCCCUCUCGUGUGCUUCAUAUCCGAAAGCUGCCCGGUGAGGUGACGGAAACCGAGGUCAUUGCUCUGGGCUUACCUUUUGGAAAGGUGACCAACAUCCUCAUGCUGAAAGGGAAAAACCAGGCAUUUUUGGAACUAGCAACAGAGGAAGCUGCUAUUACUAUGGUGAAUUACUAUUCUGCUGUGACACCUCAUCUUCGCAACCAACCGAUUUAUAUCCAAUACUCCAAUCACAAGGAACUGAAGACAGAUAACACACUAAACCAACGUGCCCAAGCUGUUCUCCAGGCUGUGACAGCCGUGCAGACAGCAAACACGCCCCUCAGCGGCACCACCGUGAGCGAGAGCGCAGUGACCCCCGCCCAGAGCCCGGUGCUCAGAAUCAUCAUUGACAACAUGUACUACCCCGUGACCCUGGACGUUCUCCACCAGAUAUUUACUAAGUUUGGUGCUGUAUUGAAGAUAAUCACAUUUACAAAAAAUAACCAGUUUCAAGCUCUCCUCCAAUAUGGCGAUCCAGUGAACGCUCAACAAGCAAAACUAGCCCUAGAUGGUCAGAACAUUUAUAAUGCUUGCUGUACCCUAAGGAUUGAUUUUUCCAAACUUGUGAAUUUGAAUGUAAAAUACAACAAUGAUAAAAGUAGGGAUUACACCCGACCUGACCUCCCGUCUGGGGAUGGACAGCCUGCACUGGACCCCGCUAUUGCCGCAGCGUUUGCCAAGGAGACGUCCCUCUUAGGGCUUCCUGUUGCAGCUGUUCCAGGAGCUCUGAGUCCUCUGGCCAUUCCUAACGCCGCGGCGGCUGCGGCUGCGGCCGCGGCGGGCCGCGUGGGGAUGCCCGGAGUGUCCGCGGGCGGCAACACGGUCCUGCUGGUUAGCAAUCUGAACGAGGAGAUGGUUACGCCCCAAAGUCUGUUUACCCUCUUCGGUGUCUAUGGCGACGUGCAGCGCGUGAAGAUUUUGUACAACAAGAAGGACAGUGCUCUGAUCCAGAUGGCCGACGGGCACCAGUCACAGCUGGCCAUGAACCAUCUUAAUGGACAGAAAAUGUACGGGAAGAUUAUCCGCGUCACUCUCUCCAAACACCAGACUGUCCAGCUACCUCGGGAGGGGCUCGAUGACCAAGGUCUCACUAAAGAUUUUGGUAAUUCCCCGCUGCAUCGCUUUAAGAAACCCGGAUCCAAAAAUUUUCAGAACAUUUUCCCUCCUUCUGCAACCCUUCACCUGUCCAACAUCCCCCCGUCCGUGGCCGAGGAGGACCUGCGGACUCUGUUUGCCAACACGGGGGGCACCGUGAAGGCGUUCAAGUUCUUUCAAAGAGAUCACAAGAUGGCCCUCCUGCAGAUGGCCACGGUGGAGGAGGCCAUCCAGGCGCUCAUCGACCUGCACAACUACAACCUGGGCGAGAACCACCACCUGCGCGUGUCCUUCUCCAAGUCCACCAUCUGA